UGGGCCUUCGGGAUAGGCCAAUCUAUGCCGAUGGGGCCCGUCGGCAUAGGUUCGGCCGUCGGCAUCGCCAGUUAUUCUGGUAGUGCCUAGCCUAUCUAGACCUCUCCAACAAUCAUCUCAAUGGAAGUGUACCCACUGAAAUAGGUUCUCUUAUUAAUCUGAUCUAUCUGGACCUAAGGAACAAUAGAUUUAUUGGUGUGAUCACGGAAGAACACUUUGCAAAUCUAACAAGUUUAAACAAAAUAGACUUGUCUUCCAACAAUUUGAAGAUUGUACUGAAUUCAGAUUGGUGCCCUCCCUUUACGUUGGACUUUGCAUGGUUUCGAUCUUGCCAGAUUGGUCCUCUUUUUCCACCUUGGCUUCAACGGCUGAAAACCAAUGCACUUGACAUUUCAAGCAACGCUCUUAAGGGCGAGAUUUCUGAUUGGUUUUGGCCUGCAUUUUCAAAUGCCACAUAUAUGUACAUCUCUAACAACCAAAUAAGUGGCAGCUUGCCAACACAUCUGGAUGGCAUGGCUUUCGAUCAGCUCUAUCUCAGUUCCAACUGGCUUACUGGACCAAUACCUACUUUGCCAAUAAAUAUCACCCUAUUAGACAUCUCCAACAAUACAUUUUCAGAAACAAUACCAUCAAACCUUGAAGCCUCACAACUUGAAGUAUUGUGUAUGCAUUCAAAUCAAAUUGGUGGCUACAUUCCAGAAUCCAUUUGCAAAUUGGAACAACUAAAGUAUCUGGAUUUGUCGAACAAUAAUUUGGAGGAUGGAAUUCCUCAAUGUCCUGACAUCCACAAUAUAGAAUAUCUAAUACUCAGCAACAACAGUUUAUCAGGAAAAAUUCCAGCACUUUUAGAGAACAACACACGUCUGCAGUUUUUGGAUCUGGCAUGGAAUAACUUCUCUGGAAGAUUGCCUACAUGGAUAUGGAAGCUGGCCAAUUUACGUUUUCUCAUACUGAGCCACAAUAAAUUUUCUGAUAGUAUUCCAGUCGACGUAACAAAGCUUGUGCGCCUUCAAUACUUGGAUUUAUCAGGCAAUAGGUUCUUUGGUGCAAUACCUUGUCAUCUGUCGAACCUAACAUUUAGGAGAACAUUACAAGAGGAAUACAUGGAUACGUAUGAUCUUCUCCUACAUGAUCCCAGUGAAUUUGCGAUCGGAAUUGGGCCUCAAGAACUAGGACAAAUAUUGUCAGUAAAUACAAAAGGCCAGCAUCUUAUAUAUCACAGGACACUUGAAUAUUUUGUGGGCAUUGAUUUAUCAUGCAACUCCUUGACUGGUGAAAUUCCUACAGACAUCACUUCACUUGAUGCACUAGUGAAUUUGAAUUUAUCAUCAAACCAGUUGAGUGGACAAAUUCCAAACAUGAUUGGCGCCAUGCAGUCAUUAGAAUCACUCGACCUCUCUCAGAAUAAGCUUUCUGGUGAAAUCCCAUCGAGCUUGUCAAAUCUGACAUCUCUGAGCUACCUGGACCUGUCCUACAACAGUUUGUCUGGCAGGAUACCCUCUGGCCCCCAACUUGACACCCUCAGUGCUGAAAACCAGUCACUUAUGUACAUCUGCAACAGUGGACUUUGUGGGCCUCCUGUCCACAAGAAUUGUUCAGGAAAUGAUCCUUCCAUCCGUGGCGAUCUCGAAAGCAGCAAGGCAGAAUUUGAGCCAUUGACCUUUUAUUUUGGUCUUGUGCUGGGAUUUGUGGUGGGGCUUUGGAUGGUGUUUUGUGCACUGCUGUUCAAGAAGACAUGGAGAAUUGCUUGUUUCCGGCUCUUCGACGAGGUGUACGAUCAAGUCUAUGUAUUUGUGGUUGUGAAGUGGGCAAGCUUCGCAAAGAAAAUAGAUGAAGACUAACCAAUUUCUCUUAAGGAGGUAGUGUUUGUACUGCAACGUAUUGAAUGAGAGCUCUGGACUAUUAACCAGGGUGUGGAAAACCUCCAGCAACAUAUGUUAUAUCGUGCGCCUUGUUUGUACCCUCUAAAUAAGAUGAAGAUGUCUAGUUGUUGUGACGCAUUUAUGACUUUACUAUUGUCGAACUAUUGUGGUAAAUGUAAGACCUCAGAAUUGUUUAGUUAUUCAGAUACAUGUAGGACCUUACUAUUCUUCUGGGUUGUAAUAAUCAUGGGGGUCUUCCCCUGAAUAAUUUCAACACUUUUCUGUUGUAGACAUCCCUGCAAAACUUCAGUUUAUAAACUUGUAGCUGUAAUCUGUGA